CGCAAAAUGAAAAUACGUGAAUAAAGUAAUAAAUAGCCCUCUUAAGUCUUAUCCUCCCCCACCGUUCUCUCUCUGCAAGAAAACGAGACAGAAAAAGACUCUCUCUCUCUCUUUCUAUUUUCCAUCUAAGUUUCUCUCUCUUCGAUCGAGGGAAAACCCUCGCUCGCCGGUAGAAAUCGAGAAAAGAGGCUAGAAGAGAACCGCGAAGAUGUCGGCGGCGGCGAUUAGGAAGAUUACUCUGAAGAGCUCCGACGGUGAGACUUUCGAGGUCGACGAGGCGGUGGCGCUGGAGUCUCAGACCAUCAAGCACAUGAUCGAGGACGACUGCGCCGACAACGGAAUCCCGCUCCCGAACGUCACCAGCAAGAUCCUCUCCAAGGUCAUCGAGUACUGCAAGAAGCACGUCGAGGCCGCCGCUUCCAAGACCGAGGAACGCCCUACCUCCGCUGACGAUGAUCUCAAGACCUGGGACGCCGAUUUCGUCAAGGUCGACCAGGCCACUCUCUUCGACCUGAUCCUGGCUGCAAACUAUCUCAACAUCAAGAGUUUGCUGGACCUAACUUGCCAGACUGUGGCAGACAUGAUCAAGGGCAAAACUCCGGAGGAAAUCCGCAAGACCUUCAACAUCAAGAACGACUUCACGCCAGAGGAAGAAGAGGAAGUUCGUAGAGAGAACCAAUGGGCCUUCGAGUGAUGCCUUUCACAGCUCUUUCUCCAGAAUGUCUAUGUUUUUCAAUCUGUGUUUCCAGCUUUCAGUCUCGCUACCCUGGUUUUCUCCAUGAUCAGACAAUCAUCCCCUCCAGACAUCUCCUAAUCUAUGUGAACUUGUGAUAUAACUCUGUCUCUCUGUCUCCCUCUUUGUUUCCCUAAUUAGUAUGAUAUGACUAUCCGUCUAUCUGUUAUGGCAUUGCUACAUAUUUAGUUUCCUGUUUGCUAAAGAAUAUGUCUUUCCUAGCUAUCCGCUUAUCCUUGCCCUCCAUGAACACACAGUCGUCCCCUCCAGACAUCUCUUAGUCUAUCUGAACUUUGUGAUACAAUUCUCUCUAACUUUCCUUGCUUGUGCUGGUAUGACUAUCCAUUUAUAUGUUUACCCUUGCUACAUGUUCAGUUUCCUGCUUGCUAAAGAAUCUGUAUUUCCUAGCUAUGGCUUCUAGCUACUCCAUGUUGAUUGUUCAUACAGGAACCAGUUACAUCCGAGAUUCCCGUUAGUGGUAGUUUCUUUGUGUUCUUGCUUCAUGUUCUCUGCCAGGGAACCUGCAUGGUAGCUUUUGAUGUAAAAGGUCUUGUAUUGUAUGGGUUAGAUACUUGGAUCAUGUAGUGGUUAUUAAGCUGGUCUUGGUAGUUUCGGCGGGAAUGAUGAUACAAGGUAACACCCGAAGCUGCAUUUUCCUAAACCAUUGGCAAGCUGCAAAGGAUUGACCUUGGUCCUGAUAUGAGGAUUGGCACCUACAAAGCAAACCAUCGCAGUAAAAAAGAAAAAAAGGAAGAUAAAGGAGAAAUAUGGGCAACACUCAUAGCAAAGUUUGGUUUGGCAGAGAGAAGGGAUAAGGAAACCAACAAAAAAUAGGUGGUGACCUGGGG